AUAGAAGCGACGCGGUUGGCGUGCGCAGCAGUAGCCGGGUGGCACCAUGCUCAAGGUGAGGGAGCCGUUGGUGGCCGUCACUGCCUAGCGCGCGUCCGCCCGCUCCACCGCCGAGCCCCGCAGCUGCCCGUCCCCACUCCUCAGCCCCUCUCCGCGACCCGGCCCCUCAUUUCCCGCCAGCCCUCCUUCCUGCCUCCCCAGCUCCAACCGAACCUCGCGGCAGCGAGGAGCCGGCGUGGCUGCGGGAGGGCGGGCGGGAGGCGCGGGGAUCCUCAGGGCCGGCGGCGCAGCGCGGUGAGGCCGGCAGGGGGCGCCCUACGAGCGGUGCCGAGCCCCGAGGCGGGCGCGGGCGCGGGCGCGGAGCUCGGCCCGGCGGGCUGAGCUCGGAGAUGCCUCGCCGCCCUCCAGCGGUCAUUCGGCUGGGGGCCACCCCAGUAAGCCUGAGCUUGCUUUCUAUCCAGGUUUAUGCUGCUUCUUCAGAGAAGGAAACGUCCAAAAAAGAGUUGCUGAAAAUUGAUGAGCUGUCACUCUACUCCUCUCCAGCUCGUGAGACUAAAUAUGUGGAGAACCCACAAACCCAAUUGGAGGAGGGGGUUUCACAGUUACGGCAUGCUAUGGAGCCAUACACAGCCUGGUGUCAGGAUCUUUAUGCCAAAGCUAUGCCCAAAUUAGAAAAAGCUGUUGAGCAUGGUAGAGAGGGCUGUGAAUUUCUGCAGAACCCCCCUGCUGGAUUUUAUCCAAGGCUCGGUGUGAUAGGUUUUGCUGGAAUUCUUGGAUUGUUUCUGGCCAGAGGAUCAAAAAUAAAGAAGUUGGUGUAUCCUGCAGGUUUCAUGAGUAUUGGUGCUUCCAUGUAUUAUCCUCAACAAGCAGUUGCUAUUGCAAAGGUUGCUGGUACCCAGCUGUAUGACUGGAGUCUCCAGGGAUAUAUUGCUGUAGAAUCUCUUUGGAAGGAUAAUCCUAAAAAGAAGAAAUCUGGGAAGAAAGGUGAUAAGGGUGAAGUGGAAGGUGACAAGCCCCUGGAAAUCCACGCUGCUUCAAAUGAAGAGAAGGCCUUGAAGUAGAACACCAGAUCAUUUGAUGUCGAACAGCACAGCUAUAGGAACCAGGGAACUUGAUGAUCCUUGGGGUCCCUUCCAACCUAAGCCGUUCUAUGAUUAGUGCUGUCAUGUCAGAAAUAUGAAUACUUAAAUUCCUACACAAAAUGUUAGUAGUCAGUUUUCAUCAAAUAGAUUUUGAUCAACUUUAAACAUCAAAUAAAAAAGUAUAAAUGCAAUUUGACAGCUAAAAGGCCUACAAUAUCAUAAUUCUGCUUUUUCUCUCUUCUUCACCCCUGUCUCAAUAUCAUCUAUGCCCUUUUUUUUUGACUUCAGACGAAUAAAGAUAUAGAUAGAAGCAACGAUUUCCUAGGAAAAAGAGGAUAACCAUCGGAAUCCAUUUUGAUUUUGAAUGUGACUAAUCUGCCUUCUGCCUCAGGAAAGACUGCCGAUGUGCUGCUUGGGCUUCUGGAAUGGCAUUUGUGAAAGGACACUAUGUAUUUUGGGUCGAUCUUGAGACCUUGUCCUCUGCUCUGCAGUGGGAGUUAAGUCUGCCACACUUGUCCCGUUGCAGGAUCAGCAUUGCAAGUAGCAAGUCUCAAAAUUCUUCAGUCUUGUUAUUAUUUAUGUAUAAAAUAAAAUUCCUAUUACAUAAAA